AUGUGUUCCAAGUUUCAGAUCUUAGUACUUGUUGCCGCUCUUGCCGUGGCAUCAGCUCGCCCCCAACACGGUCACGAGCACGGCCACGCGUACUCCUCGCAGAGCAUCGUGCUGCACCACAGUCAGCCGCAUGAAGUGCACCACGAGCCCGCCCACCACGACCACAAGCAGCUCGUGCUCGUACACCAGCCAGUGCAUGCUCCUGAGCACAAACAUGAGGAACAUCAUGAAGAACACCAUGUUGAUUAUUAUGCCAUCCCUAAGUACACAUAUGAAUACAAAGUAGAGGACCCCCACACCCACGACAACAAGUACCAGCACGAGACCCGCGACCACGACGUCGUCAAGGGGGUGUACAGUCUGCAUCAGCCCGAUGGUACAGUCAGAAUCGUCCACUACACCGCCGAUAAACACAAUGGAUUCCAAGCUGAGGUGAAAUAUGAAGGUCAUGCCCAGCAUAUUGUUCCUGAACACCAUAGCCAUCAUUAA